AUUUGCCAUCAUCUGUUUCUGCGUGUGUGGACAAGUUGUUUUUGGUAGACGGUUUGAGGCAGAUGACGGAUGAGGAUCAGGUUGACUUCUGCAGUAAUUACUUUAAACCAGAUGAUAAUCUGUGUGUUUGUGACCAUCACUGCUCUGCCUGGUCGUGCCUUCAGCUAUUUCUUUGCUUUUAUUCCUUUUAGUAUCCAGGUGUUGUUUGACAUUAGCUGAAAUGACAGCCAUCAUCAUUCCUGUCAGUCAUUGGUUUCUUGCCCACCCUUCCUUUAUUCGUGCUCACAAUCCACCCUUUCUGAGGCCCUAGAGAGAAAAACUCCUCUUGUCUUCUCAUUACUUCUGUCUUUUCCUAGCAGUAGUGUUUUUUAGCUGUCAGAGAAAUGUUAGUAACCGUAUAAUUCAGGGUUUGAGAGUCGUGCUCAGCUGCAGUGGAUCACAGGGACCUGAGCUCAUCUUUCUGCCAUGGAUGUCAGCAGUGUGUCUGUGCUGUGGUACAAGCGGUCCAAACCUCUGGGGAAGGUGAGACGACGGGUUCAGGACCUACGCGUUCCAGCCUCCUCCAUCGACUGCUCAGCCAUCACACCGACGUUGGAACUGAGCCACAACGAGAGUGCGCGGCUGGCAGUCGACUGCCUGCUGAGCCAGGGGAUGGAGGGCUACGAGGAGAUGUUACAUGCAGAGGGAGAAGUGGACUUUCUGUCCGAGCUGGAAAAGAGUUACAUCCUGGCCAAUGGAACAGAUGGCAAAACAGAUGAUCCUGGUGCAUGUGAUGAGAGAGAUUUGAAAAGCAUGUCUGCUGCUUCCUUGUCUACACUGCCCUCAGACACUGAGCCCACUGUGGCAGACUUCCAAGUGACAGGUCCUGUCCUUGCUCAGCCCAGCGUUGAGAUUUAUUUCCAAUAUGACAGCAAAUCAGCUGGUCUGAAAGACGUGCUUAGAGAAUUCAUCAGAAAGGCUAACAUGGCCCUGGCCAUAGUGAUAGAUACCUUCAGUGACGUAGAGCUGCUGUGUGACCUUCUGGAGGCGAGUAGGAAGAGGAACGUGUCGGUUUACCUGCUGCUGGACCAUCACAACCUCAAUCUGUUCAUUAGCAUGUGGCAGGACCUCAAACUCAACAGCAGCGACUUCCCAAAACUGUCGGUACGCAGUGCUCAUGGACAGACCUACUGCGCCAGGUCGGGCAGGAAGCUGACUGGUGAAAUUGCAGAGAAUUUAAUUAUGGCUGACUGGACUGAGGUUCUAACUGGCUCAUUCAGUUUCUCGUGGCUGUCCUGGCAGGUCAAUCGCAGUCUUGGUGUUCUUGUGAAGGGCAGUGCAGUCACUCCGUUCCAUCAGGAAUUCCGCCGACUCUACUUCAGCUCCACACCGGUUCCUGGCUUUGUCACCUUCAUAACUCUGCCUCUUCAUAUUUCACAUGCAAUCCACCACAAUAACUGUGGUAUCAGUGAAAAAAAAUCAAGCCACACUAAACCAUUGUGCAAGCUGGAUGGGCCUGAAGACGUUCAGUGCAGUCAGAUCAAAACUAAAAUACAGAUUUUGUCUAAUCCAGAAAACCCAGGAGUGGAGCACAGCAAAGGCAAUGACCAACUUCAGCACAAAGUCGCAGUAGAUGAACAACAACAUACUAAACCUCCACAACUAUAUACUCCAGGAGUCAGCAUCGCCACCCUGUGUAAUAAGCAAACCUAUGUAGAUCCUCUGGAGGCAAAUCAAAAGCAGGGUAAUAGUCCUACCAACUGUCUGGGUCAGACUCAAGUCUCAAAUAUUCAGUCUCAGUUUGUGAGUCUAAACAUGAGCACCAUCGCUGAUAAAAAGGUUCACGAGUUAAACCCCACACGGCCACCACAGAGGACUGUACGUUAUCAAACAACCCUGAAGAAGCACUUGAGUCAUCUUCCAUCUGAGAGUCCCACAGUUCCUGCUACAUCACAGCCUUUCAGCCAUUCAGGUCAACACUCAUGUGGGUUUAAUCCUAAAGUGUCCUCCCUGGGACCCAGGCAGCACUGCCAGCCCCCCCUCCAGCCAAGUAGAACCACACACGGACAUGGUCUCAAGUUGACACCAAGAGCUGAGGGAACUUUUCUCCAUGCAAACGCUAAAAUGUUUUCCCCAGGUUCAACAGCAAAGCUGCAUCUGCAGCAUCACUCCAUCCAGCAGGUGAGGCCACCACUCCUGAACUGGAAGCCACAGAGUCCCACUGUGAGAACCAGACCAGUGGCACGCACCAGCUCCUUUGACUCCACCUACGGAACAGGACAGACGACAGCUGGACUGCUGGGCUGGAGGUCAUCUAGAAACAUGACAACACUGGGAAGAAGCAAGAGCCUGACCGAGAGAUCCACCACAACACUUUAUCCAAACACGACCACAAUCUGACAGACUGU